AGCUGCGGUGACUUUCUAACGUUUUUUAAUUAACGUGGCCUCGCUGUCGCGCCGUACUUUAUAUUCGCUUAGUUCGUACGCAAGGCGAGAGUCUCCGUGAACGGGCUUUCUUGGCGUAACCAAAGUUUCUUUAAAACUAACCUAAUCCGAAGAGUCCGUUUUUAGGUGUUUAAAACAAUUCCUGAUAGAUUUAAAAUACUGUCUGCGUUUGAAAGCCGCACACGAAACCGUUUAAAAGUAACCGUUUUCUGAGACGCUAACGUUAGUUGCAUAUGUCUCGUCUCACUGGUUAUAAGUGCAUUAAUACUCGUUUUAUUUUAAAAUGACUAGUCUGCUAUUUAGUUAAAUUCAAAGUCGUGUUAGGAAAUAUUACAAGAUGUAAUAUCACAGUGAUAUCUGCUGGUUAUGAUACGCAAUAUAGUACACAUGCACUAGUAACUGUUUAAUCAUGUGCUCAUUUAAACAAUUGGUACGAUAAAAUAGUAGCUUGUUGGAGGAAAUUAAUCUUACGUGGAUUACAAUAAGGUCAUUUUUAGCCCUUUAAGUGACUGUAAUAAGACUAGAUAUGAGUAACCAUAACAGGUUUUGCUCUUUGAGGAAGUGGUUUAGAGAAAUAGCAACACUUUGCUGUUGAAGCGUAAAACCCCUCAUCUGAUACACCAGCAGCAAACUGAGGAGAAUAGGACCGAUAAGCUCAUUGACCAAACAAACAUCACAGGCCGUUUCUGUUUAGGAAGCCUUAUCUCAUGUAUUUUUUACGCCGAUAGCCCGUUAUCGCGCUCUGAUGUUGUCAUAACGUGAAUACCAGUUUGUUUGUGACAUUAUGAAGCUGUCACAUUGUGAUGCUAUCGCACCUUACGGUUUUAUUUCUGAGACGAUCCAGGAUGUGACAAAUUUAGGUGCGCCGCAGAAGAAAGGAGCGCCUUAAAGCCUUCUGGUGCUCGCAGUGAGUUGGUUUUGUGCCGUUCCCGUCCCGUCCGAACAGCGGCGGGCUGCCGGAGACAAUGCAGAAGUCGCUAUCGCACCAGCGAUGAUAUCAGCCCAACUUGUCACAAUCUUUCUGCGCUUGUGGCCCAGAAGGGGGAAGUAAAAUAACAGAAGCCUGUUGAGUGCCCUGGCGCAGGAAACGUCUGAUCUCGAAAGCGAAGUGUUGCUGGAUGUUACAGACAGAGAUAUGAGUGUAAAGAGUGGUGAGAAGGCUGUGAGAAAGGGAAGUGGAGACUUUGAGGUAGAGGCAACCCAGAGCCAACCUAUAAUUCAGUGCUUGUGUGGUUUGUGAAUAAGAUGCUGUCAGGUGCCCCAUGGUUAUCCAUCGUGCUGCUUCUGUUCAUACCAGGUACCGAUGGUAGAUGGCUUGAUAUGCUCGCCGUCUUUCUGAAAGCUCUGCAGCGAUACAAAGCGGCGGCGAAGUGGCCGCGCAAUUAUUAUUAAGCUGCCCGAUAAUAACGCACGACUGGUGUAACGGAGGACGCAUUGGUGCUUUAAUUUUGUUAGACAGCUCACAAAUGUUUAUUUUUAUAUUUGAGCUGAGUAUCACAUAGCUGUGGUUUAUGCAUACAGACAGGAAGUAGUGUUGUAAUCAUGUGGUUUCAUAUUAGAAUGUUCUCUCUCUUUCUUGCUUUCUUUCUGUCCUACACACCCAUUUAACUCAAUACUUCAGAUUCAAACUGAUCUUAUGAAGCAGAUGCUGGGUAAACGGAGAGCGUUGCUUUUUUUUAUGUGAUUUGGAUACGCAGGAAUAGGCUUACUGGUCCGAUACCCUUUCAAAAGUGUUGGACCCUCGAGGAGAGGUCGACGUUGGAGAAGGAGAGCUAGAAGACUGCGAAAAGAAAAAGCAGGAGAUGAAUUCACCAAACCAGACCAGCAGGGAGAUGGAGAACGUGGUGUCCAUCAAUAGCAUUGAGGAAGGUUCCAGAACGGACCAAUCUGAGAGUGAAGAGAGGACCUUUGUGGCCAAUCUGUACUGUUUCAUGAAGGAAAGAGGCACACCUAUAGAGAGAAUUCCCCAUCUUGGCUUUAAACAGAUCAACCUGUGGAAAAUCUACAAAGCCGUGGAGACGCUCGGAGGAUAUGAUGCGGUAACGGCGCGGAGGCUAUGGAAGAAUGUGUAUGAUGAGCUGGGUGGUAGUCCAGGUAGUACCAGCGCAGCCACCUGCACACGCAGACACUACGAAAGGUUGGUGUUGCCCUUUGAGCGGCAGAUGAGAGGGGAGGAGGACAAACCGCUACCGCCCUCCAAACCUCGAAAGCAGUACAAGAGGAGCCCUGAGAACAGGGGAAGUAAGCCAGAGAGCAAGAAGAAGAGGAAGAUGGAGAGAGAAGAGUGCGAGGAAAAAAUGGGAUCAGAUCAUCACUGUGAGAAAGGCAUGUGCUCCCAUUACAAUACCUGGCUGGCAUCCUCCGAUCGCCUAGACUCUGAUCAGUCAUCCACAGUUUCUGUCCACCAUGGCACCUGCUCUAGAGAUAUCCCUCUCCUUCCUGUUCCCACCCCGACUGAGGUGAUCUCACCCUUGGAGAAGAAGAAGCGUCUGGCCCAAGCUAGCCUGACCAUUCCCACCUCUGGUGCCUUGGAGGAUGGCGCAGAACUGGAGAGACCCUCUGUUAUUCAGCUCUCCCACUCUACUGUGUGUCCCUCUUCUACUCGCACUCGGCACUCAUCCGAUGGCUCACCCCUUCCCGUCUCUUCAUCGUCUGGAUCCUUGUCCCGUAGCCCCUCUCCUUGCUCUGUCUCCUCUGAGGACUGUAUAGCCGUGACGACCCAGUCUCCUUCCAAAGUACCCGAAAGUAAGACACCUACUCGUUCGCCCAUAUCCAAGGCUGUUAGCACAGGAGUUUGCAAGCCUCUCGGAUGUUACCCAAGCAACAAAGAACUAGCCAGCUACCACCGCUACCAUUUCCUGCAAGGUGGUCCACCCCAUCCCGAAAAGAUCCAGAGGAGUCUUUCCCCAUGGACCUCGGAUGGUAAACCCUCCACCAGGCUUGCGUCGUCCUACAGGCUUCCUUCACCUGCAUACACCAAACCCUGCUGGGUACCUCACACCUCCAGCUUCUACAAGGUCUUACCACGAGAUCCCUGCAGACCUGUGUCACUACAGCCCACAUUUAAACCCCACAUGGCCUACGCCCAGCACCUCCUAAAGAGGCCCACCGCUGAGGAAUCCUAUUUGAAGAAGAUACCGGGAGCCUCUCCACAUCGCAUUACGGACAGGAAAGACAAAGCAAAGACAGCGUUGCCCACCCAGCAGAUCCUCUUCCACCCUCAUACGAGUCUCCCAGUGCCCUACCUGCCAACCUUAGAGAGGACUCGGGCAGACUUAACUGAACAGUUGAAGGCUAUACCUUUUCAACCGGUCCUUUUACCAAAUCAUCUAGCGAUACCUCCUGCUCAGACCCACUCUAUGCAUUGCCCACCGGUAGGCAACCCCUUUCCUGGGUCAUUCGAGGCUGCUUUGCCCUCCUACCCUUAUCCGUUACCCAUCUGGCAUCCACCCUCCGGGUACAACAUGGCAGGCCUGCAGCCAUACUGAACUAUUCUGAAACCACUGGCCCCUCGGGUCUAGACUUCUGUAACUCUUCCAGUGUAAAGGUCAACGUGAAACCAAAACUGAUGCAGUAUUCCUUUUUUUAAUACAGGCUCCUUCACAAGUUACUACAAACUCUGAUCCAAUCAGUUUCAGGAUCAUUUUACAUGAAGCAAAAUGGGUUCCAAAGUGUUAAAAGUCUGUUACAAAGUUCUGUAGCUCAGCACGGUUUCGGAAUCAAUUCCCAGUGUAUACACAAUACUGAUAAAAUGUAGCAGUGAAUGCACUGUUGUAAAUCACUUUGGAGAUGUUCUGCCAAAUGCUGUUAAAAUGUAAAUGCUACAUGUUUAUACGUUUGUCACUGUGCAAAAGACGAUAGCCUCCUGGUUCAUGUGGAAUAAGCAUGAACAACCUUUUCAAUGCCAUUCUUCAAAUGAAUGCUAAUUAUUCUGUGGUACAAUUCAGGGUCCGGCGUAAAUAAUCAAGUUGCGCGCAUAUCUUGAAGGGCUAGUCUGGUUCACAGAGAAAUAUUCUCAUAAGGGUACAUAUUUUAAAUAUUUUUAACAUUAUAUUACAGCCUCAAGGCACUUGACAAGACCAAUGCAUUUGACAGCGCACCAAUAAUGUGAAAAGUGUCUGAUGUAUAGCUGUACAUUGCAUACUAACUGAAUGUAAAAAUAUUUUUGUAUAAAAUAAAUUUGACAAGAUAA